AUGCGGUGUUUCCAGAUUCAUCGUAUACCUCCUUGGUGUUUUCAGGUUCCUAGUAGUCUGCACCAAGUAGUACAAAAGUCAAACAUUGUGAAGCUGGCUCAACGCAUCGAGGGUGUCCGCCGAAUGACCCAGAGCAUUUUCGAACAAGAGUACCAAGAGGCAUUGAUCAAGGUGAAGGAGAAGAUUCGGGACUCCGAAGGGCCCGACAUGCGCGAAACUAUACAGGAUCAGAUUCGCCAAUGGUUCGUUGAGUGCAGAGAUGCAACGGGAAGGUUUCCAGACUAUCCGGACGAAGAUAAAGGUGGCUCGGCAGCAAUUUUCAAAGAGAAGACUCCAGAACAGUUGGAAAUUGAACUAAAGGAACGAGAAGAAGCAGCCUUGAAAGAAAAGGGAAAAAGAAGCAAAACAUCCAUCACCAAAUCGGAGAACAAGACAAAAAAGAAGGCGGUAAGUCAAUGA